AUGCCUCGUGAGUAUUAUGUGUUGCCGCAGUUCACACCUAUGCUCAAACAGCGCACGAUGAUGGUUGAACAAAUGCUCACAAUGUUCUCUCUUCUAGUCUUGGACGAUCCCACACCAUUCCUUGGAUUUAUUAAAGAGGCUGCGAAUGACAUCGUAAAAUUGGAAAGAGAUAUAGCCAUGGCUUCGUGGCCGGAUAGUGAGAUGAGAGACUAUGCUAAACAAUACAACAGCUAUAGCGUGGACGAACUGAAUAGAAUAUACUCAAAUAUUAAUUGGGAAGAAUACCUUGCCAGGCUGUUGUCUGAAGAUUUAGAAGCAGAAAAAAUCGCUACUAAAAAGGUAGUGUUUUGCACUUGUCAAUAUUUUGAACAAAAUGUUCAAUUGUAG